AUGGAGAUUGGGGUGUUAACAACAGAAAAUGAAGAGUUGAAAAAGGUGAUCAAAUGCAUGGAAAGGAACAAAACAACUAAAAAUCAAAGGGAGGAAUGUACAGAUAAUGUUGUCAUGGAAACACAAAUCCUAGAUUUUGUGAUAAAACUGAUGGAGAAAGAUAUACAAAUUUUUGAGUUGGAGAAUCUUGUGAAAGUUAUGAAAAAGGAAAAUGACGAUGUCAAGGCUAAAAUGGCACAACUUGAAGCAAAGAAUAGAGAAUUGAUCAACCAAAUCAACGAGUUAUCUGUGCAUGCCAUUACUCAACGGUUCCAUAAUCUGUCAAAUCAAGUGCAUACUCCAAGCAUAACACCCGAGAGUGAUGAUCAAAUACAACAAGUCCAAAACACAUCAUCAAAAGUGGGGCAAUAUUCUAUAGUUAGAAGGAUCAAAUUAAAAGAGAGGAAGAGGAACAGAGAUGCAGAUUAUGAGUACAGUAAAAGGAAAAGAGGAAAGAAAGACGAUGUCACAUCGCAUGAAUUGGAGAAAAGUAAAGGGAUUGUCAAACUCAGCAACCAAAAUGAAUGUGAAAUUAUUAAUAUUGAUGACUCAAAUGGGAAGACCACUACACUGCAAGAAACAAACAAGAGAGAAAUUGCUAAGUGGUGGAAAGGUUGCAAAGCAUUGGCUCCCCAAGAAUACAACAAAUUGAAGCAAAUCCACGGCUCGACAGGUGACUUGUAA